UCGAUUUGAGUUUUCGGGUCGAUUCUAUUCACCCGAGUUUUAAAAAUUUGAUUUUAUUAAUAAAUUUAGUUUGGUCGAGUUCAUGGCAGUUUAUGGGUGUUUUAAAAAACUCACAUGAAUUCGAAAUUCGACCCUUGAUAAAUGUGCCUCUUAGUGUUGGUAGGCAGGCUUCUCAUUGGAGCAUCCUUUUGCAUUGAGCUGCUUACUUAAUGCAGUGGGAGGGUUUUAUAGAAGUUUUGUGUCCACUUGUAUUUCUUUAUUGCGUAGUCUUUUUCAUUAGGAGUCAUUUAGGAAGACCCCCAAAAGAAGUACUCUUGCAAGAUCGCGCUCCUCAGUGCUCAAGAAAAGAGCAUGUGUGCCUGGGGUCUUGCUGGGAAAAUAGAAAAUCGGUCAAGCACCCUGAACGCAUGCAGUGCUUUAUUCAUGGGGGCGGCUACAGGUCUCUUGUGCUCCAAAAUGGAAGGCGCCCUGCACUCCACAUUGUAAAUGCCGUGGUUAACAGUUCUGAUUCUGGUUUGUUUUUACAGGAUAAUUGCUCCGAGCCUAUGAAUCAUACCUUCAGGGGCCUGGCAGCUGACCCCCUCUGCUGGUAUUUUAUCCAGGUAUGGGCUGUUCUGCCAACCUGUAAGACUGACUGUAUCCGUUAUAAUCACAUGCCGCAAUGUAGCACAACCUCACCCCCACCGGUGUCCAACAAGCGGUUGCGCUUGUUCUUCAUACCGGCAGCUUUUAUCAUCCUCCUUGCGCCCAUCUUAAUCAUUUGCCUAGAUGAUUCAAAGACAGAAGAUUCUAAGCCAGCUCCGGACCUAAUACAACCGGGAGUAAAGAAGGUUUGGCUGGUGUAUUCUGCAGACAGUCGCCGGUACUUGGACGUGGUAAUCAAGUUUGCGGAUUUCCUGCGGGACGCUUGGGGAAUGGAGGUCGUGCUGGACCGUUGUCAAGUUAAUAACAUCGGACUGGCCGGUGCCGCAACAUGGCUGAACCAUCAGAAGGCUGAGAUCGAGAAAGUGAACGGGACUAUUUUGCUUCUGUGUUCUCGGGGGACACAAGAGAAAUGGCUAGCCAGGCAAAAUUAUGAAGGGAACAAAGUGGCGCUGAGAGAAAACAGGCAUUUAUUUUCCCUUGACCAGGGUGACCUCUUCUCCCUCACCCUCAACUUUAUCAUCCCGGACUUUGAAAUGAAUAUACAAGAGCGUUAUGUGGUGGCUUAUUUCAGCGAUUUGAGCAGCAUUGACAACAUCCCCUCUCUAUUUAAAAUGUGCCCCCAGUACUGCAUCCCGCAAGACCUACAAGAUGUGUUCUUUAGGAUUCAUAGGAUAGAACAGUGCCGUCCUGGAGUUAAGGUCACCGCUCCACAGCAGCAAACCAAAAGUUAUGACUUCUUGAUGCAAGCCUUGAACAAGUGCAAGGUCUGGCAGGACGAGCAUCCCGAUUGGUUCCAGAAACAGUGUUUGCCCAAUGAUGGAGUGGAAUCUGACCAUGAAGAUGAAGAUAUUAGCGAAGGUCUUACGCAGCAGCUUAAACCACUUGUGCACAUUCCCAAUUGUUCAAUCUCUAUGAUGAACCCUGUCAUUGCUAAGCCACUCUCUACCAUGGUAACCGACCCUAUUAUUGCAGAAGGGCCUUCAAGCCUCCUGGUCCAGCCUCACCUGCAUGAAGGGGGCUCAAGUGUGCAAACAUGGCAGCCUAUCCUAAUGGAUGGACAAAUCUGUAGACAGGAUCUCCACUUGAGCCCUCCGCAAGAUGACAGCGUAUCUGUUGGAGAACAUUACUCUUCUCCGCUCUCAGACCAGGGUUACCUCUCAUUGGAUCUGCUGAGAGAGGAGCAUAUGAAACUUUUAAUGCAGCUGCCCCAGAGUGACCUCCUAGAGAUUCCAGAGGAGGAAGACUACUUGAGGCUGGAGCAAGUGAAGCAUUCUGAGCAGCCAGACCAGGGAUACAUCACCUGGGACUCAAUGAGUAGUCUGGACAGGGAAUCUUUGAUGGCAGCCCAAGUUAAACUGCUGCAGCAGAGUGGAGUCUUGGAAUGAUGCAGUCAAGUGAGGCCACGCACUGUUUGUGAUUACAUGUGCACUUGUAUGUGUGUAUAUUAUAUACUCCUAACAUUUUAUUAAGCGUAAACGUAUGAUGAAAGUUGCCUUCCAGAUGCAGCAGGGACGGGAUUGGUAAAAGAUUUGCCACACUUUAAGCAACUGUUGCUUGACCACAAAUCCCAAAAAUGCUUUUAAGAAUACAACCGCUUUUUAAGAAUACGGUUGUAUCCUUAAAACGAUAUUUCUCAAUUAAAUCUUUCCAACCUUGUCCACCCCUGUUACAUAAAUCAUGGAUAUCCUCAGCUUGCUUCCCCUUCCACUCCCUUUAUUAUGCCCUAGGUAACUUGUCCUCAAACCAGCCGAGCCUCUCCUCAAAGCGGCUGUAGGGCUUCCAUGAGAAACACACGAGUCCUGUUCCAAAAUUUAACGCCACUUUAAUCAAUGACAAUAGAUUACAAUCACUUAAUAGGAGGUAAAUAUAUAUAUAUAUGAUAACUGUAAAUACAUUUUCUUAGCGACUUCAGAGCUGUACAGUGUAAAUAAAAAUACUUUCUGCCACCCGCUCCAAACUGCUCAUCCUUAAAAUAAACUUCAAAUCUCGCAGAUA